CAAAAAUACAUUGCUCCACAGCCACAAAACGUGACUUUUUUUUUUUUUGCAUUAAAACAAUAAAACAGUAACUUAUUUUGAAGAAACUGCGUGAACAGUUACUAAGGUUUGCCAUAGUUUGAGGUGACGCGGCUGUUCAACAAUAGUUACUUCACCUCAGCCCGACAUUUGCUCCGGUAAGUGACGGAUCUAUUUUGAACGGGAGGUUGGGCCGACAGAGGAUCGUCACACAGAGAGCAAAGACACUGGGGGAUAAAAUACACUGUCCUCCUCCUCUACAGUUCGCGGAAUUUACCUGUUUUCAAGCGGAUAUUGUCGAAUGCCUACUUUGGAUAUUUAUAAACAUCUGCACCGGUUAAUAUCACCUAUAAUUUGAGGGGGGAAAGAAAGCAGCAAUGGAUCAGAAUCUAUUUGGCGGAGCUCCUCGUUUCCUAACUCGACCCAAGGCCUUCUCUUUGUGCGUGGGACGGGACGCCUCUCUAAGCUGCACUAUUGUGGGAAACCCUGUACCUGUAGUCACCUGGGAGAAAGAAAAAUUGCGUAUUUCUGCAGGGGGCCGAUUCAAAACUGUCGAGGAUGGUGAUAUUUAUCGACUUACUAUCUACGAUCUAACGCUAGAAGACAGUGGUCAGUACAUGUGUCGUGCCAAGAACACCGUUGGAGAGGCAUAUGCAGCUGUAACCCUGAAGGUGGGACUGCCGGAAACUGUGGUGGAGCGUGCCCCAGUGUUUAUUGUGAAGCCUGUCUCUACCCGUGUGGGUCUAGGAGGUGAUGUUACUUUUUACUGCAGAGUGUCUGCUCAUCCAGCACCCAACUUUGAUUGGGAAAAGGAUGGCCGCUACCUGGGUGAAACCAACCGCAUAAAGAUUACCUCAGAAAGUGAUUCCAGCUCUUUGAGGAUUCAAAGCGUUAGGAGCUUGGACAGUGGCACCUACAAUUGCCGCGUGCAAAACUCCAUUGGUCGGGCUCAAUCGGCUGCAACGCUGGUAGUGGACCUUCAAGACACUCAUCUCCUGAAUGCAGACAAGAGCACAUCCCUCCUUUCCCACAUGCAGAAGCGCAAACAAGAAAUGCGAACAGACAUCUCUUUCUACCGCACCACAGAAAGUUCCUCAACCACAUCAUCGUCUACCAAGAUUACAGAGGAACAUGGAAGUUUCGGACUUGCCAGGGAUCAAGAGCAGAGGGUUUCGGCAUUAACCAGCAUGUUGCCGAAAGGUGUUUUCACCCGCACUUGCACUGUGACCGAGGGAAAACAUGCAAAGCUUAGCUGUUUCGUCACAGGUCAUCCCAAACCUCAGAUCAUGUGGAGAAAGGAUGGGACGAACAUCAGCGAAGGCCGCAGGCAUGUUAUGUAUGAGGACCAGGCGGAGAAUUUUAUCCUCAAGGUGCUCUACUGCAAGCAAAGUGAUAAUGGUCUGUACACCUGCAAUGCAUCCAACCUGGCUGGACAAACCUAUAGUGCUGUGCUGGUGAUUGUAAAAGAACCAAAGAUUCCAUUCAAGAAAAAGCUGCAGGAUGUUGAGGUGAAGGAAAAGGAAACAGCAACUCUGCAAUGCGAGGUGCCAGUGUCAAACACAAAGGCUAGCUGGUUCAUGGAGGAAACCCGGUUGGAGCAAAACACCAAAUACCGUAUGGAUGAGGAGGGUACCCUGCGCCGCCUGACUAUUCGCAAUGUUACCACCAACGAUGAUGCUGUCUACAUCUGUGAGAUGAAUGAAGGCAGUCGCACUGUGGCGGAACUCACAGUGCUGGGCAACAUCACUAAAAAGCUUCCAAGGAGGACAGUGGUGCCAGUUAGUGAUACUGUGAUCUUCUGUGUGGAGCUGGAAAAACCAGUAGAUGAUGCAUACUGGACCAGGAAUGGGGAGAGGCUGAAAGAGGACUCCCGAAUAAUUAUCGCCCGCGUUAACAGACAGUACACACUGACCAUUCGUGAAUGUACUGCAGAGGACUCAGGCGAGGUGGCCUUCAUUGCCCAUGACUGCAAGACCUCCACCCGCUUCUCUGUGACAGCACCAAGGAAACAUCCUCCAGAUCCCCCAGUUGAGCCAAUAGUGCAAAACAAGACAGAUUCGUCAAUCACACUGUGUUGGUCUCCACCGGACAGUGAGCGUCCUGUACCCAUAACCGGUUAUAUUGUGGAGCGCAGGAAGGUGGGAACCCAAACCUGGGUAAAGAUCACUACUACACCUGUAUCUACUACUAAAUACACCAUCACCGAUGUCCUAGAGGAGACAAGCUAUCAGUUCCGCAUCUCAGCGGUCAACGAUUUUGGUCAAAGCGCCUACUUGGAGGUUCCUGGAACGUUUUACCUUGAACCCACAGCAUCAGUGAAGACAGGCCUGGUGGAUUGCAGUGCAAAUGCAGGUGAAGAAGCCACCCUUACAGUGGAGCUCUCUGCUGCGUGUUCCGGCACCUGGACCAUAAAUGACCAAAUGAUCCGAAGUGGAUCUGAGUAUUUAAUCACACGCUCAAAGACCACACACACUCUGGUCAUCAGGGAAGUCUCCAUGGCACUAAAUGGGGCACAGGUUAAGUUUGUGGGUGGAGGAUCUCAGAGCGUUGCCACACUUAGUGUGAAAGCUGCAACUGCACGCUUCACCAACAAGUCUUCUCAGGUUGAGGUGUUUACUUUCAGCAUGUACUCCUCUGCUCAGAUGCACACAGAAGUGUCCAAUUCAAAUGUCCAGGUUGUUUGGAUGAAGAAUGGGAAGGAGCUGCGGAUGGGUAAAAAGUAUGAAGCCACAAGUGCGGAUCGCAAACGCAUACUGACCAUUCACAAUGUGGAUCAAGAGGAUGUUGGCAUCUAUGAAUGCAUCUGUGAUGGCGAUAAAAUGUCUGUCCAACUUGCUCUUAAAGAAGAACCAGCUAAGUUUGUUAACAAGCCGAGGGCUCAGCCCCAGGAGAGUGAUGCUCUGGUGGGCGAUGUGGUGUUGAGCUGUGAGGUUGCUUCUGCUGGAAGCGCUGUUGUGUGGAAGAAGGAACAGACAGAAAUAACGGAGGACAAGAGGACAACUUUUAUUUCUCAGGGGACACAAAGGAAGCUGGUCAUCAGGGGUGCUAAGCAGAGCGAUGAAGGACACUACUCGUGUGAGACGGCAGAGGACAAAAUGACAUUCCUGGUCAAGAUAAAAGAAACACGAGCUGCUUUCUCCAACAAAGAAUCUUAUCAAAAGGAGGUGAAGGUUUCAAUCUCCCAGAAGGCCACAUUGAGCUGUGAAGUUUCUGAUGCCAAAACUGAAGUGAAAUGGUUCAAGGAUGGCAAGCAGUUGAACCCCAGCAAGACUGUCCAAAUGGAGUCAAAAGGAAAAAGCCGUCAACUGGUGCUGGAAAAUGUGGAGAAGAAGGAUGCCGGAGAAUAUACCUGUGAGGUUGGAAAUGAAAAGCUGCUCUUUAAGGUUCGGGUGGAAGACCUUCAAGCCACCUUUUCCAACAAGGAUUCUUAUCAGAAGGAAGUAAAAGUAGCAACUUCCCAAAAAGCUACACUAAGCUGUGAAGUUUCUGAUAUCAAAACUGAGGUGAAAUGGUUCAAGGAUGGCAAGCAGUUGAGCUCUAGUAAGACUGUCCACAUGGAGUCAAAGGGUAAGACCCGUCAGCUGAUUGUGGAGAAUGUGGAGAAGAAGGAUGCUGGAGAAUAUACCUGCGAAGCUGGAAAUGAAAAGCUGGUCUUUAAGAUUAAAGUAGAAGACAUUCAAGCCAUCUUUUCCAACAAGGACUCUUAUCAGAAAGAAGUCAAAGUAGCAACUUCCCAAAAAGCUACACUCAGCGGUGAAGUUUCUGAUAUCAAGACUGAGGUGAAAUGGUUUAAGGAUGGCAAGCAGUUGAGCUCCGGUAAGACUGUCCACAUGGAGUCAAAGGGUAAGACCCGUCAGCUGAUUGUGGAGAAUGUGGAGAAGAAGGAUGCUGGAGAAUAUAUCUGUGAAGCUGGAAAUGAAAAGCUGGUCUUUAAGAUUCGGGUAGAAGACAUUCAAGCCACCUUUUUCGACAAGGACUCUUAUCAGAAGGAAGUCAAAGUAGCAACUUCCCAAAAAGCUACACUAAGCUGUGAAGUUUCUGAUAUCAAGACUGAGGUGAAAUGGUUCAAGGAUGGCAAGCAGUUAAGCUCCAGUAAGACUGUCCACAUGGAGUCAAAGGGCAAGACACGCCAGCUAAUUGUGGAGAAUGUAGAGAAGAAGGAUGCUGGAGAAUAUACCUGUGAAGCUGGAAAUGAAAAACUGUCCUUCAAGAUUAAGGUAGAAGACAUUCAAGCCCCAAUCUUCAACAAGGACUCCUAUCAAAAAGAAGUAAAGGUUUCAGCCACCCAAAAAACCACACUGAGCUGCGAAGUUUCCGACAUCAAGACUGAAGUGAAAUGGUUUAAGGAUGGCAAGCAGCUGAGCUCCAGUAAAACUGUUCACAUGGAGUCCAAGGGCAAGACCCGUCAGCUUGUGGUAGAGAAUGUAGAGAAGAAGGAUGCUGGAGAAUAUACAUGUGAAGCUGGAAAUGAGAAACUUGCAUUCAAAAUUCAGGUGGCAGCUCAACCAGACAUUCAAGCUGCGUUUAUCAAUAAGGACACCUAUCAGAAAGAAGUCAAAGUAGCGGUUUCCCAGAAAGCCACACUAAACUGUGAAGUUUCUGAUACCAAGACCGAAGUGAAAUGGUUCAAGGAUGGCAAACAAUUGAGCUCUAGUAAGACUGUCGACACGGAGACGAAGGGCAAGACCCGUCAGCUAAUCUUGGAGAAUGUGGAGAAGAAGGAUGCUGGAGAAUAUACCUGUGAAGUUGGAAAUGAGAAACUUACAUUUAAAGUUCAGGUGACAGACAUUCAAGCUGCCUUUACCAACAAGGACUCCUAUCAAAAAGAAGUCAAAGUAACAACUUCCGAAAAAGCCAAUCUAAGCUGUGAAGUUUCUGACCUCAAGACUGAGGUGAAAUGGUUCAAGGAUGGCAAGCAGUUGAGCUCCAGUAAGACUGUCCACAUGGAGUCAAAGGGCAAGACCCGUCAGCUGAUCUUGGAUAAUGUGGAGAAAAAGGAUGCUGGAGAAUAUACCUGUGAAGCUGGAAAUGAAAAACUGGUCUUUAAGAUUCUAGUGACAGAGCCCAAAGCUGCCUUCACCAACAAAGACUCUUAUCAGAAAGAAGUAAAGGUUUCAGCUUCCCAUAAAGCCACAUUAAGCUGCGAAGUUUCUGACCUCAAGACUGAGGUGAAAUGGUUCAAAGAUGGCAAACAAUUAAUCUCUAGUAAGACUGUACACAUGGAGUCAAAGGGCAAGACCCGUCAGCUUGUAGUGGAGAAUGCAGAGAAGAAGGAUGCUGGAGAAUAUACAUGUGAAGCUGGAAAUGAAAAACUGGUCUUUAAGAUUCAGGUGGAAGAUGUUGCAACUAAAUUCCAGAAGGCAUCUAUGACAAAAGAAACUGUGAUGUUUGAAUCAGCAGAAAAAGUUAUUUUAAAAACUGAGGUUAUGUCAGAGAGUUGUAGUGUCAAGUGGUUCAAGGAUGGAGUGGAACUAAAAGAUGGAUCAAAGUAUGAGAUGAAACAGGAAGGUCGUUCACGCAUCCUAAUUGUUAAGUCCUCAGAAUCCAAAGACACUGGAACUUAUUCCUGUCAGUCAGCUGAUGACAAGGUGGAUUUCAAGGUUCAGGUCAAAGAGGCACCGUUCAAAUUUGUGGGUCCCCUUCAGCCAGUGUCUGCAGUACUAGAAAGUACCAUGACACUUUCCUGUAGCCUUAACAAAGCCACAGGUAAUAUCCUUUGGAAACAUAAUGGCAAGGAAGUUAAACCAGGUGGCAGAUUCAGCAUCCGCACUGAUGGGACCAACUGCAUAUUGACCGUCUCCGCUGUGGCUCAGGAGGAUGAAGGAGAAUACAGCUGUGAGUGUAAAGACGACAAAACCUCCACUAAAGUCACCAUCAAAGCGCCACGUCUGGUGCGGUUCACCACCAAGCUGAACAAUGUUGUUGCAAAUGAAGGCAAAGAUGCUAUCUUCAAAUGCUCAAUCACACCACCUGAUGUGAGCGUAAGAUGGCUGCGUAAUGAUGUUCCCAUAAUGGCCAGUCCCAAAUUUAAGAUUGCUCAAGGGGGAAGCAGCCACUCCCUCACCAUCACAGCUGUCACUCAGGAGGAUGCAGGGGAGAUCAGUGUUGAUGCCGAGGGCAAAGUGAGCAAAGCCACACUUCAAGUACAACAACUUCCUGUCACCUUCACGAAGAAGCUUGCAGAUGUGACUGUGCAGGAACAGAACACAGUUCGACUGGAAGUGGAGCUGAGCAAGCCCUCAAAAGAUGUGAAGUGGAUGAAGAACGGUGUGGUACUGCAGCAAGGAGGAAAUCUAGAAAUUCACGUUGAUGGUGCCAAGCAGACUUUGGUGCUCAAGAGUGUGGCUUAUGCUGACAGAGGCCAUUACUCAUGUGAAACCCUAGAUGACAAGACCCAGGCCAAACUUUCAGUAGAGAUUAAGAAGAUUCAGGUAGUAAAAGGCCUCAAAGAGAUGAAAGUUCAAGAAAAAGAGACUGUCACUAUGGAGGUGGAGCUCAGCAAGGCUGAUGUAGAAGGUUCCUGGAGCAAAGAUGGAAUGAAGUUGAAGUCAGGACCCAAUAUCAUUAUAACAUCAUUGGGAAACAAGCACUGCUUGACUAUGUCCCAGCUAAAGAUAAGUGAUGGUGGAGCUAUUACCUUUCAAGCUGAAGAUGUCCAUACUUCUGGCAAACUAAUUGUUACAGAGCCUGCUGCAAAGAUCCUCAAACCUCUACGAGACAUCAGUUCGCCUGAAAAAGAGAAGGUCACUUUUGAAUGUGAGGUGUCAAGAGCAAAUGCAGAAGUCAAGUGGUUUAAGGAUGAUGAGGAACUGAAGCCAGGAAAGAAAUACGGCAUCCAUUCCCAAGCUAACAAGCGCACACUUCUCAUCCAAAAAUGUGCCUAUGAGGACCAGGGCCUGUACAUAUGUAGAACAACAGAUGACAAUACUUCAGCCCAGCUCACUGUGCAUGCAAGAGAUGUUAAAAUAGUGAAGCAGCUACAAGACAUGGAGGUGACAGAGAAAGAGAGUGCAUCAUUUGUCUGCGAGGUUUCUCAUGAUGAGGUGGAGGCUCAGUGGCACAAAGGAGAUGCCAAACUUAAAGCUGGAGAGAACAUAAAAAUGAGGCAGGAGGGCAGAACAUAUGUUCUACUCUUCAAAUCGGUAAAGGCUGAGGAUGCGGGUGAAAUCAAGUUCACGGCUGAGAAGGCCUCUUCAACUGCUAAACUGAAGGUUAAAGAACUGCCUGUCAGAUUUGUGAAGAAACUGAGAGACAAAAUUGCCAUGUACAAGCACCGCGCUUACUUAGAGUGUCAGGUGUCACGGGCCAAUGCUAAAGUCACAUGGUACAAGAACAAGUCGGAGAUCAAACCCACCAAAAAGCAUGAGAUCACCAGUGAGGACAUCUACAGGAAGCUCACCAUUACCGACGUGGACUCUGAUGAUGAAGACACGUACAUUUGUGAUGCCAUUGAUGAUAAGACUUCAUGUCAGCUACUAGUAGAGGAGCAGGCUAUCAGCAUAGUACGGGAGCUGAAUACUGUUGAGGUAACGGAGCCAUUUGCUGCCCACUUUGAGGUGGAAGUCAGCGUGGAGACAGUCAAGCCAGUGAAGUGGACAUUGAAUGGAGAACAGCUAAAGGAGAGUGCUGAUAUUGAGAUGGAGAAAGAGGGCACCAUGCAUCGUCUCACGUUUAAGAAGACUAAAGCCUCAAUGUCAGGCCCAGUACAGUUUACCGCUGGAAAGAGCAAAUCAAUGGCUGAGCUCAAAGUGAAAGAGCGUCCUAUUGAAGUCCUGGAGCCUCUCAAAGAUGCAUCAGCCAAGGAAAAGACUUCCACCACACUGUCCUGCAAGUUCUCUGCCCCACCAAAAGAAGUGAAUUGGUUUAAGGGUCAAACAGCUUUGGAGGCUUCUAGCAAGUACAGCAUGAAGCAAAAGGAUGCCAGUGUUCAGCUGAUCAUACAAGCUUUGAAUGCAGAGGACUCUGGAGAGUAUCGUUGUCAGGCUGGUGUCUGUGAGAGCAAAGCUGUUCUCAAAGUAGAAGUGCGUAAAAUCCAGAUCACCAAACAUCUCACAGAUGUGGAAGUGGAUGAAGAUGGCGAUGCUUUGUUCACCUGUGAAGUUAAUUAUGCUGACGAAGAGGUGCAAUGGACGCUUAAUGAUAAGCCACUCUUCAACAAUGAGGUCAACACCAUAACCCAUGUGGAUAAGACCCAUACGCUUUCCCUCAAGAACUUAGCACCUGAGGAUGGUGGGAAGGUAUCAUUCAGUAUUAGGGAUGUUAAAGAAACAGUCUGCUUAAAGGUCAAAGAAAAGAAAGCCAUCUUCUUGAAGUUGCUGGAUGAUGUAGUCGCAGAGGAGAAGGGUACAGUUACACUUAAGUGUGAAGCCUCAAAGCCGAGAGUUGCCCCUGUGUGGCGUAAGGAAAGUACAACUCUGUCGGCAGGCAAAAAGUAUGAGCUUCUGCAUGAUGGUAAGUCCUUGGGACUGAGUAUCCAUGACAUCACACAAGCUGACGCCGGAGAGUACAGCUGCGAUCUUGGCACAGAUCUCUGCAAGUCUAAGGUCACCGUUAGAGAUAUCCACAUUGGGAUUACUAAGCGAAUUAAAUCAAUUGAGGCCAAAGCAGGCGAGAACUGCACAUUUGAAUGUAUUUUGUCCCGGGAAAGCUCAGAACAGUGCACCUGGAGUCUAAAAGGCCAACCUAUCAGUGAUGGAGGCCGUUUCCAGAUAAGCAGCAAAGGGCGCAAAUAUACAUUAAUAAUCAAAGCAGUCUCAGCUUCUGAUUCCGGUGAAGUGGUCUUCUCUAUUCAAGAUUUGAGUUCAAAAGCAACACUUUCUGUUGAAGGUGAAGCUCCAAGCAUAUCUAAAGAGCUUCAGGGCGUCAGUGCUAAAAUUGGUGAAGAUGCCACAUUUACCUGUGAGCUUUCUCAAUCUGGACUGGAAGUAAAGUGGUCCAAGGAUGGCAAGUCUAUCAGAAAGAGCCAGAAAUAUGAAAUCAGCCAGGAGCAGACGCUUGUAAAGCUGACUAUCCGCAAUGUCACUGAUAAAGACUCUGGAGAAUACAGCUGUGAGGUCACAGGUGGUCCAACCUCCAAGGCUAAACUGGAGAUCAAAGCAGAUCUGGCCAACAAAUUCAUUUGUGAGUUAAAGGAUGCCACUGCAGAUGAAAAUAGUGAUGUGUCCUUUGAAUGCGAGACUGCUCAACCUGCCACUAAAGUCACUUGGUUGAAAGGAACAAAGGAGAUCAAGGCCGGAGGAAGAUAUGAGCUGACACAGAAGGGAGCUAUCCUCAUCCUCAAAGUGAAGGAUCUAGAGAAGAGUGACAGCGAGGUUUACACCUGUGACAUUGGUUCUACAAAGACUACAGCCAAACUGACAGUGAAAGUGCUACCUGCCAAGUUCAAGGAACAGAUGAAGAACCAACAGGUCACAGAAGGUGAGAAAGUCUUACUUUCCUGUAUGCUUUCCAAACCUGGCUGCCAAGUGCAAUGGAAGAAGGGAACUGAAUGUCUAAAAAAUGGGGGAAGAUAUCAGAUAAUGCAGAGGGACACCAUCUUUGAGCUACAGAUUUCAGAAUUAGCGGUUGAAGACAGUGGAGAAUAUUCUUGUGAAUGUGGAAAUGAGAAAACUACAGCAAACCUUGUUGUCAGUGCUUUACCGGUGGUCUUCAAACAUGAGCUACAAAGCCAAGAGUGCGAAGGAGGAGACACUGUUACUCUUAAUUGUGAACUCUCAAAACCUGGAGUACCUGUUGUUUGGAAGAAAGGGACACAGGUGCUUCAUUCUGGGGAAAAAUACCUCAUCAAGCAAGAUGGGGCUAAUGUUGAAUUGAAGAUUGCUGACCUCAAACUUGAAGAUGGAGGGCAAUACACAUGUUUGUGUGGGGACAAGAAGACUACAGCAAACAUUAAGAUCAAGGCGCUGAACUUCAAACGAGAACUACACGACAUGAAGUGUCAAGAAGCAGACAGUGUUACUCUUCAAUGUGAGCUUUCCAAACCAGGAGUUCCAGUGGUUUGGAGGAAAGGAACACAGGUCAUCCAUUCUGGAGAGAAAUACCACAUCAAGCAAGUUGGCUCUACUUUUGAGCUGAAGAUCAAUGAUUUAAAACUUGAAGAUGCUGGAGUCUAUAGUUGCGAUUGUGGCUUUAACAAGACUUCAUCUACCAUUACAGUCAAUGCAUUACCAGUGGUCUUCACACAUGAGCUGCAGAACUUGGAGUGUGAUGAAGGUGGCAGUGCUACUUUGUCCUGCGAGCUUUCCAAACCUGGUGUCCCUGUGCAAUGGAAAAAAGGAAGCCAUAUUAUCCAGUCUGGAGGAAAGUACACAAUCAAGCAGAUAGCUUCCAAGGUGGAGCUGAAAAUCGCUGAUCUAAAAUGUGAAGAUGAAGGAGAGUACACAUGUGUAUGUGGAGACAAGACAACCACAGCAAUAAUGAAGAUCAAGGCACUAAAGUUCCUAAGUCCUUCAGCUGUCGCUGAAACAGACUCCCAGAGGCAGAAGAAAGACAAACAAGCAGAGCUCAGUGCUCUUCCUAUUAAAUUCAUGCAAGAACUGCUUAACCAAGUGGGUGAUGAAGAUGGCAGUGUUACUCUGUGCUGUGAGCUCUCAAAACCUGGAGUUCCUGUGGUUUGGAGGAAAGGAACUCAUGUGCUUCAUUCUGGGGGAAAAUACACCAUCAAACAAGUUGGGACUAUUGUUGAGUUGAAAAUCACUGAUCUUAAACCUGAAGAUGCUGGAGAAUAUGCUUGUGAUUGUGGAGACAACAUCACCACUGCUAGCAUCAAAGUUAAUGCAUUACCAGUGGUCUUCAACCAUGAGCUUCAGAAUCAAGAGGUUCAAGAGGGGGACAGUGUUACUUUGCACUGUGAACUAUCAAAACCUGGAGUUCCUGUGGUUUGGAGGAAAGGAACUCAGGAGAUCCAUUCUGGGGGAAAGUACAACAUCAAACAAGUCGGGGCAGCUGUUGAGCUGAAGAUCGCUGGUGUCAAACCGGAAGAUGCUGGAAACUAUGCUUGUGAUUGUGGAGACAACAUCACUACUGCUAGCAUCAAAGUUAAUGCAUUACCAGUGGUCUUUAGCCGUGAACUACAAAACCAAGUGCUUCAAGAGGGGGACAGUGUUACUUUGCACUGUGAGCUAUCAAAACCUGGAGUCCCUGUGGUUUGGAGGAAAGGAACUCAGGAGAUCCAUUCUGGGGGAAAGUACAACAUCAAACAAGAUGGGGCAGCUGUUGAGCUGAAGAUCACUGAUGUCAAACCUGAAGAUGCUGGAGACUAUAUUUGUGAUUGUGGAGACAACAUCAGCAGUGCUAACAUCAAAGUCAAUGCAUUACCAGUGGUCUUCAAGCGUGAACUACAGAACCAAGGAAUUCAAGAGGGGGACAGUGUUACUUUGUGCUGUGAGCUAUCAAAGCCUGGAGUUCCUGUGACUUGGAGGAAAGAAACACAGGUGAUCCAUUCUGGAGGAAAGUACUCAAUCAAGCAAGUUGGCUCUUCUGUUGAGCUGAAGAUUACUGACGUCAAACCUGAAGAUGCUGGAGACUAUGGUUGUGAUUGCGGAGAAAGCAUUACAACUGCCAAUAUAAGGGUUGACGCACUUCCUGCCAUCUUCACACAAGCACUGAAGAACCAGACAGCUGUUGAAGGAGAGAGCAUCAGCUUCCAAUGUGAGCUUUCCAAACCAGACAUUCCUGUGGAAUGGCGCAGGGGUGAAAUUGGCCUUUGCCCCUGUGCUAAAUAUGAAUUGAAGCAACAUGGCCACCAUGCACAACUGAUCAUACAUAACCUUGAACCUGAAGACUCUGGUGACUAUAUUUGUGACACUAGAGACCGCCAAAGCGUUGCAUAUCUGGAAGUUAAGGCACUGCCAGUUCUUUUCAAAUCAUUUCUGAAAGAUUUGGAAACUGAAACUGGGGAAAAUGCAGUGUUUCGGUGUGAACUUGCCAAGUCUGGAGCCAAAGUCAUCUGGAGGAAAAAUAAGAGAGUAAUAGAAGCAAGCAACAAAUAUCAGCUGAAGCAAGAUGGAGCUGUUGCUGAGCUUAUCGUUUACAAGCUGCAGGAAGGAGACUGUGGGGAGUACUCAUGCGAGACCGAACAUGAUCAGACAUCUGCCAAACUCACUGUAAAGGAACCUGAAAUCACAAUCUUAACUGGCUUGAAGAGCUGCAUUGUCAACGAAGGCGAGGAUGUUCAUUUUGAAUGCCUGGUCUCUCAUGACAAUGCAGUCAUUGUUCAGUGGACGCUUCAAGAUGUUCCACUACAGAACAAUGAGAUGAAUAAAAUAGGAAUGGAAGGCAAAAGGCAUACACUCACACUAAGAAGUGUAACCCAGAAAGACUCAGGCACUUUGUCCUUCCAUGUGGGUGCCCACACUUCUUUUGCUUGUCUCACAGUGAGAGCAAUCCCAGUGCUAUCAUUUACAAAGGAGUUGACAAGCCAGGAGGUCACAGAGGGAGGCAGUACCUCGUUACGUUGUGAAACUUCAAUCCCUGAUGCCAGUGUGACCUGGAAGAAAAACACUCUGGUCUUGACUGAUGGAAAAAAGUAUUCAAUAAAGAGGGAUGGCACAAUCCAUAUAUUGGAGAUCCAUAAGCUCUCGGUGGAAGAUGCUGGCGAGUACACAUGUGAAGCAGGAGAAAAAAAAAGCAAAGCUACAUUGACUGUCAAAGAAUGUGUAAAAAUCACAAGAGAAUUAAAGGAUGUGACUGUGAUAACGGGCGAGGAUGCUAUCUUCCAGUGUGAGGUGUCCCAAAAAGGGGUUACUAAUGUCGAGUGGUGGCUCGGCUCCAACCACCUUCAAAACAAUGACUUGAAUCAAAUCAGCUGCCAAGGGAGGGAACACAGCCUAGUGCUGAAAAUGGUCACACCCGAUGAUUCAGGUGACGUAGCCUUUGUGGUUGGCCCUAUGAAGAGUGUCGCCUACUUGAUGGUGCAGGAGAAACCCAAAGUUGUAUUCUUAGAGAAGCCUCUGGACAUAACUGCCAAAGAGGGUCAAACAGUCACACUGUCCUGCAUGACCUCCGACCCUGAGGCUGCUGUCGCCUGGUACAAAGAUGAGGAGAUGAUAAAGGCAGGGGGCAGAUAUCUGCUCUACAAGGAUAGAGCCGUCCAUCAGCUUCGCAUCCUUAGGGUGGAGGAAGGGGAUGCAGGGCUGUAUACAUGCAAAACCAAAGAUGCAGAAAGCUGUGCCACCCUUACUGUUAAAGGUCAACCUGCGUACUUCCGGAAGGAGUUAGAGAACCAGAAUGCAAUAGAGGGAGAUAGUAUCAUCUUGCGCUGUGAGCUCUCUAAGCCAGUUAAAAGUGUAGAGUGGAGAAAGGGAGGAGUGGUGCUACAACCCAGUAAGAAAUUUGAGUUGAAACAGGACGGAUGUGUGUUGGAGCUCCAUGUCCAUGAUCUGGAACCAGAGGACAAUGGCUACUACACUUGUGAUGCUGGAGACCAGUUGACCACAGCAUCAAUCACAGUGCAAGAGGCUGAGGUCCUCAUAGUAUCGGGUAUAAAGAAUACAGAUGUAUUUGUGGGCGAACAGGCAGUUUUUUCCUGCCAGCUCUCUCGUCGUGCCAAAGGCAGAGUUCAAUGGUGGCUAGACGGCACUCGUUUGGAGAACAGUACCUUCAGUGAAAUAAGUAUGGGUGAAGAUCAUGUCCACACUCUUACCCUAAGGAACCUUUCUCCCAAUGAUUCGGGUACAGUCCUGUUCAAAACAGGUGCCCUGACGUCCUCAGCCAAGCUGUUAGUGAAAGAUCCUAACGUGGAGGUGGUCAGUGCAAUGGAGGACCAGCAUGUAGCAGAGAAGCAGCCUGCAGAGUUCAUCUGUCAGUACUCCCGGCCUGUCAAGGCCAUAUGGAAGCGAAAUGGUGUACCUGUGCAAGCAGAUGGUCGCAGGGUAAUAAUGGAACAGGACUGGACUGUUGCGCGGUUGUACAUUAGCUGUGUGGAGCCCCAGGAUGGGGGGAUAUACUCCUGUGAGGCAGAGGGAACCUCUGUUGUGGCACAUCUCAGGGUGCAAGCUAAACCCAUAGACAUUCUCCAAGAGCUGAGUAACAUGGAAACCAUUAAUGGUGGGGAAGCACUUUUUGAAUGUUCCUUGUCACGACCUGAAAACAAAGAUUGCCAGUGGUUAAUUGAUGGCAAACCUGUAAAGGAAUCUGCUAAUGUGGAGAUUGUUUCAUUUGAGAGUGGUCGACGACAUCUUUUGCUUUUAAAAGACUUGCAGCCUUGUGAAAACACAAGGAUUACAUUCCAAGCUGGCACUUCAUCAACUACAGCCCUUCUGACUGUCAAAGCUUGGCAACUGGAGGUGGUCAAACCAUUGGAAGACAAAACUGCAAUUGUAGGACAAGAAGUUGAGUUCACAUGUACUUUAAAUGAAGCUGUGCCUGAGAAUGAAGUGACUUGGUAUGCAAAUGGAGUUGAGCUUCAACAUAAUGACCAAUGGGCCAUGAGAACUAGUGGUUCUUCCUAUAGCCUCAUUUUGAAGAAAGCACAGGCUCAGCCCACACAAGAAAUCACAUUUGCAGCUCGGGAUGCCUUAUCAUUGGCGAAACUAACUACAAUCGCUGUGCCUGAUCCCCCUGAAGACCCUGAGCUAGUGAGUAAAGGCCCAACCUUUAUCACCUUGUCUUGGUUUACCCCUCUAAGUGAUGGUGGAAGCCCAAUCAUUGGAUACCGUGUGGAAAUGCGUCUAGUAGAUAGUGUCCUCUGGCUGCCCUGUCACACAGAACCAGUUUUUAACACUGAAUUUCUGGUUGAAAACCUCAUACCAGGGGCAGGUUACAGGUUCAGGGUGGCAGCUAUUAACCGUGCUGGCAUUGGAGAGCCUGUCCAGCUGCCUCAAACUGUGACACUCGAUGCACCAGUGACCAUGACCAAAAAGUUAAGCACCUCUGAGCUUCACAAAGGAAAAAUGGUUCGUUUGGAGUGUGAACUUUCUGCAGAGGGCAAAUCAGUAGCAUGGUUCAAGGACAACAGAGAAAUAGAGGUCGGGGUCAAAUAUCAAAUGGUAACGGAGGGCAAGAGCCAAGUUUUGCUCAUAAAAGAUUUCCAAACUACAGACCAGGGUGUCUAUUCUUGUUCAGCCUCGGAAGAGGCAAAGACUUCAAUCAACCUCAACCUUGAAGGACAUGAUGGUACACUUUCUCAGGAUGCGGGCAACCAGCCCAAACUGCCUCCUGAGGCUGCCUCUGAAGGAGAUUUACAUGCUCUGUGGGAGGCAGAGGCCAAGAAGAGAAGAAUGAGUCGAGAACCCACAUUGGAUUCAAUUUCAGAGUUGCCAGAAGAAGAUGGCAAAGACAAAAUGCAAAAGAAAGAUGAAAAAGAGCCUGCCAAAGAAAUAAAAGUGAGACCUGUUGAGCCAGGCCCAAAAAUCACAGCAGAACCAAAUCUCUAUACCAGUUCUGAUGAGGAAUCUCUGAGUGGAACAAGUUUGGUGUCUUACCUUAAGAAAAGCAGCAAGUCCUCCAUGACAGUGGAAAGUCAAACUGAGACUGUUGCCUCUAAGAAAUUGUAUGAGCACUUCCAGAUGACUGAGCAAUCUGUUACCAAGACAUCUGUGGAGCCACUCAUGGAAGCUCAGAAUGGGGAUGAGUUGCAAGAGGCUGCUGUCAAGAUUCAGGCAGCCUUCAAGGGUUAUAAAGCUAGGAAGGACAUGCGACCAGUCUUCAAAGAGGUAUUUAAGGAGCAGACUAAGGAGCCCAAUGGGACAAUUCAUCUAGAGUGCAUUGUGGAGGGUAAGCCAGAUAAAGUUCGCUGGCUGAAGGAUGGAGAACCCUUAACAGAUGGCAAGCACCACCAUAUUGACAUUUAUAAUGAUGGCACCUGCUCUCUAGUAGUGACAGCUGCCACAACCAAAGACACUGGUGUAUAUACAUGUGAAGUCACCAAUAAAUUUGGCGUUUCCACCCAUAGUGGGAAAGUCACUGUAGGGUCACUGCGAGAAUCAGUGCGCCGACCGCUCACUCUGGGGUACAGUGCUGACAGUGAAGCUGAGAGCUCCUCAGGGAGCGAGAUGGAUGAGACUUUACGUCAGGCAAGUAAACGGCUACGGCGACUUCUUCGUACCCGUCUUCCUCCUGAUGUGGAGGAGGAACCUUUUGUGAGUGCAGAUGAAGGAGAUUUACCCCCACAAGAUCUUCAGUCCUAUCGGGAAGAUGACCAGUAUAUCUACAUCCGAUUUGAUAAUCGUACAGAAGCUCAAGUGGCUUCCCUGCGGUUCCAGGAAAUGUUUACUUAUCAAGGAGUGCCAAUAGAAACAGCCAUCAUACCAGCGGCAGGUGCUAAGGUAGAGCUGCGUAUAACAAAGAUGGCCCUCUCUGAAGAUGGCUCCCGAACCCCAACUCAGGACCAACCGAUGCCUACUUUCAUGACAGGAGCACCUGCGGCACCUGUCUUCAUGACGGAGCUUCGUAGCCAAGAUGUUCCUGAUGGAUUUCCUGUCAGUUUUGACUGUGUAAUUGUGGGCAAACCCCCUCCCACUGUAAAAUGGUUCAAGGAUGGAAAGCUGCUGGAAGAAAAUGAUCACUACAUGAUCAAUGAAGAUCAGGAAGGCCGUCACCAGCUGAUCAUCACAACUGUGCUGCCCACAGACAUGGGAGUGUACCGAUGCAUGGCAGAAAAUGACAGUGGUAUCGCCUCCAGCAAGGCUGAGCUGAGGGUGGACAUGUCUUGCAGUUCAGACUAUGACACAGCCGCUGAUGCCACAGAGACAUCAUCUUAUGUCAGUGCUAAAGGCUAUGUUUCCAGUUCGGAGCACAGAGACACAGAGGCUUUUGAGUCAGUGGCAGAGGAUGAGCUACUUCCUCAGGUUGUCGAUGAGCUACAUGAUUUGUUCCUCAGUCCUGGAGCACCCAUAGCCAAAAUGAGUGUCAGGGUCAAAGGAUUUCCCACACCAAGGGUUUACUGGUUUAAAGAUGGCACCCCACUUCAAGCCUCCAGCAGAAUUGUAUUGUCAACGGAGCGAGAUCAGCACAGUCUUGAGAUUUUGGAUGUUAAGUGUGAAGAUACUGGAGAAUACUCAGCUUACAUUAGCAAUAUAGCUGGCUCUGCUUACUCUUCAGCACGAAUGAAUGUACUGGCUCCUGGAGAGCGGCCAACACCUGAUCAGGGACGUCUGAGAGAUUCAAAGGUGCCACUUGUGCCACCGCGCUUUCUGGAGAGAUUCAGCAACAAGAAGGUGAAACAGGGAGCAAGUAUAACGCUGUCAGUCAAAGUAGAAGGUUCCCCAACCCCAUCUGUGAACUGGUUAAAGGAAGUGUCGGAUAAGGAUGUCUUGUGGAUCAAGGCAGACACACCAGGUUACAAGGUGGCCAGCUCUGGCCGUCAACAUAGCCUAAUCCUCAUGGAAGUGGAAAAGAAACAUAGCGGCAUGUACACCUGCAUUGCCACCAACCGUGCGGGACAGUCAGUCAACACAGCCCGACUGGACGUGGAUACAACACCAGAGCAAAAGGGCAAAGUUGGUCCAGAGGUUCUAGGAAUUACCAUUAGCCCACCUGAGGAGGAGGGCAAAGGGGAGAUCAAACUGCCUUACAUGGGUGAAGUGGGUACUGAGGAAUUCCUACAAAAACUCACAUCGCAAAUCACAGAAAUGGUAUCUGCCAAGAUCACACAAGACAGCUUACAGAACCAUCAAGUGCUCCAGUGGAUGAAAUCGUGGCCCAAAGUAACCACCUCAUUACGUUUGCCAGGAGCUGACAGCGAUGAUGAAACAAAAACACCAUCUCCAUCUCCAUAUCACGGCCGAUCACGCCCUCCAUCUCUGAUCGCAGACUCAUCAUCUGAGUCUGAUGAAGGAGAUGCCAGAGGAGAGAUGUUUGACAUCUACGUGGUGACCGCCGACUAUAAUCCAAUGGGGGUCAGUAAAGAUGCCAUCGCUCUCAAAGAGGGCCAGUAUGUGGAGGUUCUGGACUCUGCACAUCCACUUAAAUGGCUGGUCCGCACCAAACCCACCAAAUCCAACCCGUCUCGCCAGGGAUGGGUCUCACCUGCGUAUCUGGACAAAAGGCUGAAGCUUUCUGCAGAUGUAGCAGACCUCCCGGAAACCGCCAAAGAAGAAGUGACUGAAACUGAGUACAAGAAGAAACUAUGUCAACUUGUUCAAGACCUGAUCAACACUGAGACUGAGUUUCUGAAGGAGAUGGAGUUUUUCACAACACACCAUCUUAAACGUGUGGAUGAGGAGGGCGCGCCGCCUGAAAUCACCAUGCAAAAAGAAACCAUUUUCCGUAACAUCAAUGACUUGAAAGCGUUUCACAGCAGCUUGCUGCCUGGCCUGCGCGAUUGUGACACAGAUGAUGAUAUUGCAAUGCAUUUCCUGAAAAACUCUGAAGGUUUCGAGAAAUAUCUCCAGUACCUUAUUGGACAGUUGCAGGCAGAGUCCAUCAUCAGUGAAAAACAAGUGCACCAAUAUUUCAAGGAUUAUUCAGUCUCGGAGUUGGCAAAUGUUGACCCCUCUGAAGGUCCAGUACUGAGUAUCAAUGCUUAUCUUCAGAGACCACCUGAGAGAAUUCAAAAGUACAGGGCUCUACUGAAGGAACUGAUCAGAAACAAAGCAAGGAAUGGUCAGAAUUGCUGUUUGUUGGAGCAGGCCUAUGCCAUGGUGUCCUCCCUCUCCCAGCGCUCAGAAAACACACACCAUGUAUCCCUCAUAGAGAACUACCCUGCCAAUCUGGAGGCAUUGGGAGAACCCAUUCGACAGGGACCUUUCACUGUUUGGGAAGGAGCUCCUGGAGUAAGAACAUCUUCCAGAGGUCACCAUCGCCACGUCUUCCUCUUCAAAAAUCACGUGGUCAUCUGCAAGCAGAAGAGAGACACAAAUACAGACACCCAAACAUAUGUGUUCAAGAAUAUGAUGAAGCUCACAAACAUUGAUGUGAACGAGACGGUGGAGGGCGACGAGAGAGCGUUUGAGAUCUGGCAUGAGCGUGAGGACUCUGUGAGGAAAUACACACUGCAGGCCCGGACGGUCAUCAUCAAGAACUCAUGGCUCCGUGACCUCCGUGACCUUCAGCAGAGAUACAGCAUGCCAACAUGGUGCUCUCCAGAUUUUGACGCAGUGUUGACAGACCUUACAGCAGAGCUCGGACAGACUGUAAAGCUUGCCUGCAAAGUCACCGGAGUCCCCAAACCACAGGUCACCUGGUACAAAGAUGGACAUGCAGUGGAAGCAGAUCCUCAUCACAUCAUCAUUGAAGACCCAGACGGCUCUUGCACACUUAUAUUGGACAACAUGACUGCAGACGACUCGGGCCAGUACAUGUGCUUUGCUACCAGCUCAGCGGGAAAUGCUAGUACACUGGGCAAAAUCACUGUACAGGUGCCUCCACGUUUUGUGAAUAAGAUCCGGAACGCCACACUAUUUCCAGGAGAAGAUGCUCAGUUCACCUGCACCAUCCAGAGCGCACCAAGUCCCAAGAUAAGAUGGUUUAAAGAGGGUAAACUGCUGACAGACAUGGAGAAGUUUCAGACCUACAGUGAAGCGCGCAGUGGAGUGUUGGUUCUAGUCAUCAAGAAUCCUGUUGAAAGAGACCUGGGACAUUAUGAGUGUGAGUUGUCCAACCGUCUGGGCAGUGCCAGGUGUGCGGCACAGCUGGUCACUCCUGCGGUGGCAAUGGCAGGAGAACGCAGAGCAGAGCAGGCCAUCUCUAUUGAAGUUUUGGUCAAU